AUGUCUGCACUUAUAAGAAGCAUUGUUGAUAUCACCGAAGUUUUCGAUCGAUAUGCAUCACAAAGUUGUGAUGGAGCAUCACUUAGCAAGAAAGACCUGAAAAACCUCCUUGAGAUAGAACUUGGAGAUGUCCUUCAGACACCACAUGACUCUGAGACGGUAGACCUGACCCUAGAACUUCUGGAUCGCGACGGCAACGGGAGUGUUGAUUUCAACGAAUUCCUCCUGAUCCUUUUCAAGCUUGCUCAAGCUUGCUAUUAUGCUCGCGAUCAGGCCGCAGAGCUAGGCGAGAAGAGAGCCCUGCCUAGGGAAAAGAGGAACCUGUCACAAGAUCGCAGGCAAGAACACCAAAGGCCCCGGGACAGACAACUGGAAGAAGAACCUGGGCGCCGAAGCCGGCAGAAGAGACUUGAGCAGGAGGAGCGCGCUGAGGAGCAGAGGUUAGAGCAGCGCGACAAGCAACAUCGCGAUGAAGAGCAGCGACUGCAAAGGCGAGAACUGCAAGAACUAGAGGAGCGCCUUGCAGAGAAAGAGCCGCUAAGCUGGAGUAAGGGUCGUGACACUGAGGAGUUUUCUGAGGUAGAGGAACAGCAAAGGCGAGAGAGAGAGGAACUCAAGGGCAAGGGCCAAACAGAAGAGAGAAGGCUGCAGAGGCGCCGGCAAGAAGAGCUACGCGAACCCCUGCUGAGGCGCGAGCAGGAGCUAAGGCGUGAGCAGGAGCUGAGACAGGAGCUGAAUCGCAGGCAGGAGCUGAGGCGCGAACAAGAGCUAAGGCGCGAGCAGGAGCUGAGGGAGGAACUGAGGCAGGGGCAGGAGCUGAAUCGCAGGCAGGAGCUGAGGCGCGAACAAGAGCUAAGGCGCGAGCAGGAGCUGAGGGAGGAACUGAGGCAGGAGCUGAGGCAGGAACUGAGACGUGAGCAGGAGCUGAAUCGCAGGCAGGAGCCGAGGCGCGAACAAGAGCUAAGGCGCGAGCAGGAGCUGAGGGAGGAACUGAGGCGCGAGCAGGAGCUAAGGCGCGAGCAAGAGCUGAGGCAGGAGCUGAGGCGCGAGCAAGAGCUGAGGCAGGAGCUGAGGCGCGAGCAAGAGCUGAGCCGUGAGCAAGAGCUGAGGCAGGAGCUGAGGCGCGAGCAGGAGCUGGCUGAGGACAACGAGCAGACGCGGGUCCGGGAACCCGACGAGAACAUCACUCAGAGGUUGCAGUGGCAGCUCGAAAGCGAGGCAGAAGCCCGUCAGAACAAGGUCUACUCUAGGCCUCGCAGGCAGGAGCAGAGACUUCGCCAGGAGCUGGAGGAGCGUCAGCUCCGGGAGCAGGAGGAGCAGCGCCGCGACCUCCAACGGCAGCGUCCCGCCGAGGAGGCGCGCGAGCGCACCCAGAGGGAGAGGCGGCAGCGGGCGGAGGAGCGCCAGGAGCAGGAGCAGCGGUUCCGCGACCAGGAGGAGCAGCGCUUCCGGGAGGAGGAGCUGCAAAGAGCUGAGCUCCAGGACAGCCUCCUAGAGGAAGAACAGAGGCGGCGCCAGGAGGAACGUCGGGAGCCAAACAGGAGCAGGCAACUGCGCGAAGAAGAAAGCCAGAGGCGCCACACACUGUACGCCAAACCCAGCCAGAGGCAACGUAGGGAGGAAGAACUACGCGAGGAGCGGCUGUUGCAAGAAGAGCAGCGCCAGCAACGAGAGAGGAAACACCGCAGAGAGGAGGAUCUGCAGCAGGAGGAAGAGCGGCUGCAGCAAGAGGAAGAGCAACUGCAGCGGGAAAAGAGGCGCCUGCAGCGGGAGAGGCAGUAUCAGGAGGAGGACCUGCAGCAGGAGGAAGAGCGGCUGCAGCAGGAGGAAGAGCGGCUGCAGAGAGAAAGGAGGCGUCUGCAGCAGGAGAGGCAAUAUCAAGAGGAGGACCUGCAGCUGCAGGAUGAAGAUCAGCGUAGGGAUCUGAAAUGGCAGUGGCAACCAAGGAAAGAAGUUGAAGUUCGUAGUAACAGGCUCUUCGCCAAACGCAGAGAGGAUGAGGAAACGAUCCAGCAGCUGGAAGAUUCUCAGGAGCGAGAGAGACGUCAGGAUCGGCGGCCUCUGCAAAGCGAAGAGGAAGAGACGAGAGAGCUGGAGCAGGAGAGGAGGCGCCGACUGCAGCGCGAUCGUCAGAUCCUAGAGGAAGAGCAGCGUCAGCGAGAGCACCAACGGGAAGCCAAAAGACUAGAUGAGGCGUUCCAGGAGGAAGAACAGCUCCGGGGAGAAUCGAGAAGACGGCAACAGGAGAGAGAUGGCAAGUUCCUUGAGGAGGAAAGGCAGCUGCGGAAGGAACGCGAAGAACAGAGGCGGCGUCAAGAACAAGAGAGAGAAUUCCAAGAGGAGGAACGGCGCCUCCAAGAACAUGAGAAAGAACUUCUGCAGGAGCGCGACAGAAAAUCCUUUGAGGAACAAGAGCGCCGCCAGCAGCGUGAGGAAGAGGAGGUAAGGCGCCAGGAACAAGACAGAAGAUUCCGCCGCGAACAAGAACCCCGCCAGGAGCGUGAGGAAGAGCAGCUGAGGGACAGAACAUUCCGCCGCCGGGAACAAGAACCCCGCCAGGAGCGCGACAGAAGUUUCCGCCGGGAACAAGAGCUCCGCCAGGAACUGGAGGAAGAGCAGAGGAGGCGCCAGGAACGUGACAGAAACUCCCGUGAGGAACAAGAGCUCCGCCAGGAACGCGAGGAAGAGCAGCUGAGGGACCGAAAGAUCCGCCGGGAGCAAGAGCUCAGACGCGACAGACAACUCCGUGAGGAAGAAGAGCGCCGCCAGGAACGCGAGGAAGAGCAGCUGCGUGGCCAAGAGCGAGACCGUUUGAGGGUGGAGGAAGAGCAGCGGCGCCGCCAGGAACGUGACAGAAAAUUACGCCGGGAACAAGAGCUCCGCCAGGAACUCGAGGAAGAGCAGCGGCGCCGCCAGGAACGUGACAGAAAAUUACGCCGGGAACAGGAGCGGGAACAAGAGCUCCGCCAGGAACUGGAGGAAGAGCAGAGGAGGCGCCAGGAACGUGACAGAAACUCCCGUGAGGAACAAGAGCUCCGCCAGGAACUCGAGGAAGAGCAGCUGAGGGACCGAAAGAUCCGCCGGGAGCAAGAGCUCAGACGCGACAGACAAUUCCGUGAGGAAGAAGAGCGCCGCCAGGAACGCGAGGAAAGGCAGCUGAGCCGCCAGGAACCCGACAGAAGAAUCCGCCGGGAACAGGAGCUCCGCCAGGAGCGCGAGGAAGAGGAGCGCCGCCAGCAGCGUGACAGAAAGUUCCGCCGGGAAGAGGAGCUCCGCCAGGAACUGGAGGACGAGCGGCUAAGGCGCCAGGAACCGGACAGAAGAUUCCUCCGAGAACAAGAGCUCCGCCAGGAACGCGAGGAAGAGCAGCUGAGGGACAGAAAGAUCCGCAGGGAGCAAGAGCUUAGACAGGACAGAAAAUUCCGUGAGGAAGAAGAGCGCCGCCAGGAACUGGAAGAAGAGAAGCUAAGGCGCCAGGAACGUGACAGAAGAUUCCGCCGGGAACAAGAGCUCCGUCAGGAACUGGAGGAAGAGCAGCUGAGGGACAGAAAGAUCCGCCAGGAACUCCAGGAAGAGGAGCUAAGGCGCCAGGAACGUGACAGAAAAUUCCGUGAGGAACAAGAGCUCCGCCAAGAACUGGAAGAAGAGCAGCUGAGGGACAGAAAGUUCCGCCGGGAGCAAGAGCUCCGCCGGGAACAAGAGCUCCGCCGGGAGCGCGAGGAAGAGCGGCUGCGGGACAGAAAGAUCCGCCAGGACCAAGAACUCCGUCAGGAACUGGAGGAAGAGGAGCUGCGGGACAGAAAGUUCCGCCGGGAGCAAGAGCUCCGCCGGGAGCGCGAGGAAGAGCAGCAGCACCGCCAGGAGCGCGAGGAGGAACAAUUUCGCUUUGAGGACCAGCAGCGCCGCCGCCAGGAACGCGAGCAACAGUUAAGACAGGAGCGCGACAGGAGAGUCCGUGAGGAAGAAGAGCUUCUUCAGGAAAGGGAGGAGCUGCUGCGUCGCGAGUUGGGUGGCAGGAAGUUCCGGGAAGAGGAGCGACUCCGCCAGGAAAGAGAGGAACAGCAGCGUCGUCUCCAGGAAAGGGACAACAGAAGAUUCCGCGAGGAAGUAGAGCUCAGGCACGACAGGGAAGAGCAGCAGCUGCGUUUCCAGGAACGGGAGCAACAGCUUCGCCGAGAGCGCCAAGAGCGAGACAGAAAAUUCCGUGAGGUAGAAGAGCUUCGCCAAGAAGAAGAGCAGCGCCGCCGCCAGGAGCUUGACAGGAAAUUCCGGGAAGAGAAACACCUGCGCGAGGAACAGCAGCUUCGGAGAGAGAAGCGAGAUGAGCAGUACCCAGCUGAGGAGCAGUUUGCCAGGGAUAAAAUUCGUCGCCAGGAGCAAGAACUACGUCAAGAAGAGGAAGAAAGACGUCGCCAAGAGCGGGAGAGAAAAUUACAAGAAGAGCAGAUCCGUCGUAGGCAAGAGGAGCAGAGGCGCCGCCAAAUCCUGGAGCCUGGCACACGCCAGUUUGCCAAUGUCCCAGUGCGUUCCAGCCCUCUCUAUGAGUACAUCCAAGAGCAGAGGUCUCAGUACCGCCCUUAA